AUACACCUCAGGCCGUCACUCUACCGCUGUCAGUCCGUUGUGACAGAGCCUAGGACCCAUGAAGGCAUUCAGGCUAAAGGGGGAUCACGUAUGGAUCGAACCAGAAAAGCCCGGGGAGUUCACUGUCUCCCUGGGUGCCAAAGUGGUCACCUCAGACUCUGGCCGGAUACGACUGCUGGACGACGAUGGACAGGAGCACUGGGUGGAUGGGUCGCAGGUGCUACGCCACAUGCACAGCACCUCCGUGGAGGGGGUGGAGGACAUGAUCAGUCUCGGAGAUCUGAACGAAUCUGGCAUUCUCAGGAAUCUUUUUAUACGAUAUAUGGACCACCAUAUUUAUACCUACACUGGGUCCAUCCUUGUGGCAGUCAACCCUUAUGAAAUCCUCAACAUCUACACCACGGAGCAAAUCCAGCUGUACAGGGAGAAGAAGAUAGGAGAGUUACCUCCCCACAUCUUUGCCAUUGCUGACAAUGCGUAUGGCAGUAUGAAGAGGUACCAGCAUGACCAGUGUGUCAUCAUCAGUGGAGAGUCAGGCGCAGGUAAAACAGAAAGUACCAAACUUAUACUACAGUUCUUGGCUGCAGUCUCAGGGCAGCAUUCGUGGAUAGAGCAGCAGAUUUUAGAGGCUAACCCCAUUAUGGAAGCUUUUGGUAAUGCCAAGACAAUCAGGAACGACAACUCAAGUCGUUUUGGUAAAUACAUCGACAUCCAUUUCAACGAGAAAGGUGUGAUUGAAGGGGCCAGGAUAGAGCAGUACCUGCUUGAGAAGUCUCGUAUUGUCAGCCAGAUGCAUGAUGAGAGGAACUACCACAUUUUCUACUGCAUGCUGGCAGGUAUGACUGCUGAAGAGAAGGCAAAGUUGGAACUACAGGGUGCUACAAGCUAUGAGUACUUGAUACAGGGUGGAAGUAUUGUGUGCGAUGGCAGGGAUGACAAAAAAGAUUUCUCAGAUAUUAGAUCAGCCAUGAAGGUGCUCAUGUUCAAUGACACAGAUAUCUGGGAGAUUUUGAAGAUUUUAUCUGCCUUGCUUAAUCUGGGCAAUGUCAAAUACAAUGAAAUUGAGCUGGACAACAUGGCAGCCACUGAAAUCCAAGACAUUUCUUACAUCAAUAAAAUUGCCAGACACUUGGAGGUGAAUGCCCAAGCCUUGGUGGACUCACUGACCACUAAGACCAUCUUCGCCAAGGGUGAAAGUGUCACCUACACCAUGAACAAGGAGCAGUCGCUGGAUGUCAGGGAUGCAUUCGUCAAGGGAAUUUACGGCCGGAUGUUCAUCUGGAUUGUGGAUAAAAUCAAUGCAGCCAUUUACAAACCAAAAGGGGGACAGUAUCGCAAGUCUAUUGGAGUCUUGGAUAUUUUUGGAUUUGAAAAUUUUGACAAAAACAGCUUUGAACAACUGUGCAUCAACUACGCCAACGAGAACCUGCAGCAGUUUUUUGUGCGCCACAUCUUUAAGCUGGAGCAGGCUGAGUACAACCUAGAGGGCAUCAGUUGGCAGCACAUAGAGUUUGUGGACAACCAGGACGCCCUGGACCUCAUCGCUGCCAAACCAAUGAACAUGCUGGCUCUGAUUGAUGAGGAGAGCAAGUUUCCCAAGGGCACAGAUGAAAGUUUACUCAACAAACUCCACCAAUACCACUCCAGUAACGCUAACUACCUGAAGCCAAAGGCUGCCGUCAACCAGACGUUUGGCCUGCAACAUUUUGCUGGCAUUGUGUUCUACGACUGCAAGGGUUUCCUGGAGAAAAACAGAGACACCUUCAGUGCUGAUUUGGUGCAAUUAAUUCAAGCCUCCAAGAGCAAGUUUAUCAACACCCUCUUCAACUCAGACAUCACAAUGGGUACUGACACAAGAAAGAAGACGCCAACCCUGGCCUCGCAGUUUAAAAAGUCUCUAGAGCAGCUCAUGUCCACACUAAGUACCUGCCAGCCUUUCUUUGUGCGUUGUAUCAAACCUAACGAGUACAAGAAGCCUUUGCUGUUUGACAGGGAACUGUGCUGCAAGCAGCUGAGGUACUCUGGCAUGAUGGAAACCAUCAGGAUCCGCCGUGCUGGGUACCCCAUCCGCCAUCAUUUUGCUGAGUUUGUGGACAGGUACAGGCUGCUGGUGGAAGGCAUUGGGCCCUCCCACAAGGAGGACUGUAAGUCUGCCUCUGCCAGGAUCUGUAAGGCUGUACUGACCAAUGCUGACUACCAACUUGGCAAGUCAAAAGUAUUUCUCAAGGACGCCCAAGAUGCCUAUCUAGAACAACAAAGAGAGAUUACUCUAACAAAGAAGAUUUUAAUCAUCCAAAAGAUGGUCAGGUCAUGGCAUUACAGAAGGCGUUUCCUGAAGAUGAGAAAGUGUAUCGUCACCGUCCAGUCCACCAUUAGAGCCUACCAGGACAGAAAGAGAUUUUUAGUGAUGAGGCAAGGGUACAUGCGCCUGCAAGCUAUGAUCCGGUCAAGAAUUCUGACUGCCAGGUUCAAUGUUAUCAGAGGCUGGGCACAAAAUCUACAGCGAUAUUGCCGAGGGUAUCUAGUGAGGCAGUGGGUACAGAAAAGAAUGAUAGCAAUUACUCAGAUUCAGGCCUCUGUCAGGACCAUCAUUGCUCAGAAGAAGUUGAGGCGUCUCAAGAUUGAGCAUGAGAUGAAGCUGGAAGCAGAGAGACUGAGGAUGCUGGAAGAAGCAGACUUGAAGAAGAAGAUGAAUGCAAAGAAAGCCAAAGAGGAAGCUGAAAGACAUCACCAGGAAAGGCUACUGGCUAUUGAGAGGGAGGCUGUGGAAAGAGAACAGCAAAUCAAGAUGGGGGCCAUGCAGAAGAGCAAGCAGUUUGAGGAGGCUGAACGGCGCCUCAAUGACACAGUCAAUGAUUCUAAACUGGAGGUUGAUUAUGAUGGCAUGGUGGAAGAGUUGUUCAGUUUUACAGACACAGGACAGAACAGAUCCAAUCAAGCCCCAGAAGUAUUUCGGGACCUGGACUCUAGUGUCCAUGACACCAAUGGCUACAUUGAUGACGGACUGGAGAGGAUGCAGUACACAGUGGAUAACGCUAGGGAGGACGUCAGGGAGUUCAAGUUCUCCAAGUUUGCUGCCAUGUACUUCCAGGGCAACGCCACACAUACGCACAUACGCAAGGCCCUCAGGCAGCCUCUGCUACAGCUGGCCAGUGAAGGGGAUCAACUGGCCGCCCUGGCUGUGUGGAUUGUAAUUCUCCGCUUCAUGUCUGACCUACCUGAGCCCAGGUACCACACGUCAAUGACAGAGGCCAAGGACAGCACACCUGUCAUGACAAAAAUCUACUCAACACUUGGUCGCAAGUUUAACAAGAAGGAUCUGGAGGAGGCUAUGAGGAUGGGGGAGGAGAUGGAAAAAGAAGCAACAAAUAUUCCAUAUGCUCGAAACCCUGCCAAGAAAUCAACCAGGAAAAAGAUUGUGUCCCUGACAUUGAAAAAGAGGUCAAAGAUCACAGAGGAUGUCGCUCACCGCCUGCAGCAUGGCUAUGAGAGUGGACCCACCACUGGGGGCAAUGCCCUGCUUGAGGACAGGCCCAUGUCAAACUUGGAAAAACUGCACUUCAUCAUAGGCCAUGGCAUUCUCAGACCAGAACUGAGAGAUGAGAUCUACUGCCAGAUCUGCAAACAGCUGACCAAUAACAAUUCCAACAGCUCUCACGCCAGGGGCUGGAUACUCCUGUGCCUGUGUGUCUGCUGCUUCCCGCCUUCUGACAAGCUGCGACCUUACCUGCUUAAUUUCAUUAGAGAGGGUCCACCAGGCUAUGCUCCAUACUGCGAGGAUCACCUGAGAAGGACGUUUGCUAACGGGGCUAGAAACCAACCCCCUAGCUGGUUAGAACUACAGGCAACCAAGUCCAAGAAACCUGUGAUACUGCCAAUAACUUUCAUGGACAGUAACUCUAAAACACUCCUAGCAGACUCAGCAACAACGGCCAGGGAAUUGUGCCAACAGCUGUCAGAAAAAAUUGGUCUCAAGGACCAGUUUGGCUUCUCCCUGUACAUUGCCUUGUUUGAUAAAGUGUCAUCUCUAGGCAGUGGUGGUGACCACGUGAUGGACGCCAUAUCCCAGUGUGAACAGUACGCCAAAGAGCAAGGUGCCCAGGAGAGAAACGCCCCCUGGCGACUCUUCUUCCGCAAGGAAAUAUUUGCCCCCUGGCAUGACCCCAGUGAGGACCCAGUGGCCACUCACCUCAUUUAUCAGCAGGUUGUCCGGGGUAUCAAGUUUGGAGAAUAUCGUUGUGACAAGGACGAAGAUUUAGCAAUGAUAGCUGCCCAGCAGUAUUUCAUAGAGUACGGGCUGGAGAUUGAGCCCCAGCGCCUCCAGACACUGCUGCCCUCGUACAUCCCAGACUCCAACCUACAGAAGCAGAGUGACGGCCAGAUGUGGAUGAGCAACAUCAUCAGCAAGCUGAAGAGUCCUUACUUCCAGAACACCAGGAUAGAACCCCUCAAGGUGAAGGAAGACAUAGUCAGCUAUGCCAAGUACAAGUGGCCCCUCCUGUUCUCCAGGUUCUACGAGGCCUACAAGUUCUCAGGUCCCAGCCUGCCCAAGAAUGAUGUCAUCAUUGCUGUCAACUGGACAGGUGUCUAUGUGGUGGACGACCAGGAGCAGGUACUGCUGGAGUUGUCCUUCCCUGAAAUCACAGCUGUUUCUAGUAGCAGGUCAGGUAAAAUGCAUGGUCAGAGCUUUACACUGGCCACAGUGAAGGGGGAUGAGUACACCUUCACCUCACCCAACGCGGAGGACAUUCGGGACCUGGUGGUCACAUUCCUGGAUGGGCUCAAGAAAAGGUCAAAGUACGUCAUCGCUAUACAGGACUACAGUACCCCAGAAGAUUCAUCUUUCUUACCUCUGAAGAAAGGAGAUCUGAUUGUUUUAGAUCAGUCCCAUAAUGGAGAUAGUGUCAUGAACUCUGGUUGGUGCUUUGGCCAGAAUGUCUCCAACAACAAGAAAGGGGAUUUCCCUGCAGAGUGUGUCUAUGUGUUACCCACCAUCACCAAACCUCCCAUAGAAAUUCUGAACCUGUUUGUGCAGUCUGGAUCUCUAAGUGAGCAGUACCAGCCUGAGGAAGAAAUUUCUAAAGAGAAAUCAGCAUCCCUUCACACACUGGAGCAGUACUCAUAUGAUCACUUCAGAGCGCCACCAAAGCGCACACUAUCAGGAACACUUAACAGACCCCGUCAGCGCAGCAGCAAAGAGCUGUGGAAACAUUCCAAAGACCCCUUGAAGCAGCCAUUGUUGAAGAAACUCAUCGGCAAGGAGCAACAGAGUGCUGAUGCUUGCAUGUGCUUUAUGGCUAUAUUAAAAUACAUGGGAGACCACCCAAGCAAGAGAAGCAGAAUAGCCAAUGAGUUUACUGACCAGAUUUUUACAAGUCCAAUCACAAAUGAGAUUCUGAGAGACGAGAUUUACUGCCAGAUCAUGAAACAACUCACAGAUAACAAGAACAGUGUGAGUGAGGAGAGAGGCUGGGACCUGAUGUGGCUGGCCACUGGCUGCUUCACCCCCAGCACCAACCUCCUGAAGGAGCUGCAGCAGUUCCUGAGGACCCGUACCCACAUCACCAUAGUGCCAGACAUCCUCAACAGGCUACAGAAGUGUUUGAGGAAUGGAGUGCGCAAGUACCCCCCACACCAGGUGGAGGUGGAGGCCAUACAACACAAGACCACACAAAUCCUGCACAAGGUUUACUUCCCUGAUGAUACUGAUGAGGGUUUUGAAGUGGAAUCCAGCACACGAGCAAAAGAUUUUUGUCAGAAUAUUGCCACCAAGUUAGGUCUCAAAUCAGCAGAUGGCUUUAGCUUGUUUGUCAAGAUUGUUGAUAAAGUGAUAAGUGUUCCUGAAGGAGAUUUCUUCUUUGACUUCGUCCGACAUCUGACAGACUGGAUUCGUAAGGCCAGGCCAGCCAGAGAAGGUGCCCCACCAUCUUUUACCUACCAAGUGUUCUUCAUGAAAAAGCUGUGGAUAAAAACUGUUCCAGGUAGAGAUGUACAGGCAGACAUUAUCUUCCAUUAUCACCAGGAAUUGCCAAAAUAUCUGAGGGGAUAUCACAGGUGCACCAGAGAGGAGGCAGCACAGCUUGGUGCACUCAUCUACAGGGUUAUACACGGAGAAGAUAAGGCUAAUCUCGCCAAAGUCCCAGAGCUCUUGAACCGACUUAUACCAGGUGACUUGGUCAAAGCUCAGUCAGCUGAUGACUGGAAGAGGAAUAUAAUAUCUGCCUACAACAAAGAUGCAGGCAAAUCAUCCAACGAUGCAAAAAUUGAAUUCUUAAAACUUAUCUACCAGUGGCCUACAUUUGGCUCAGCAUUCUUUGACGUCAAGCAAACAACAGAACCAAACUACCCUGAGAAUCUACUUAUUGCCAUAAAUAAAAAUGGAGUCAACUUGAUCCACCCCCAGACCAAGGAGCUUCUGGCCACGCACCCAUUCUCUAAGAUCUCCAACUGGAGCAGUGGCAACACUUACUUCCACAUGACCAUUGGCAACUUGGUCAGGGGAAGUAAGCUACUGUGUGAGACAUCUAUGGGUUACAAAAUGGAUGACCUCUUGACCUCCUACAUCAGUCUGAUGUUGAAUAACCUAAACCGACAGCGGAAAACUUAACAACAACAAACUUAGACAAUAGUUAGUGUGAUAGAUCUCACCAAUUCCUAAAGGCAAGAACUUAACUGCUAUAAAACUUGCCAUUACAAGAAGGAUGAUGAAAAGUUUCUCAAAUUUAAAUACUGAUGGUAAAAUUUUAUAGCAGUUAAUGUGCACAGUAUAGGAGUUUUGAAAAAAUGAAUCAUUAAGUUCAUCAAAAAAUGUAUUGUCGUUAGAAAAUGUUCAGCUUAGAAGGCAUUUCUCACUUGAACACUGUACAUAUUAUUCAUCAUAUUAUGGUUUGGCUUUUGUUCAUCAUAACAUAUAUAUACAAUAAAUUAUUUAAUGAAAUGUUUUUUUUUUCUUUUCACAUUUAUACGAUACGUUACUGGUGAGAUAUGUUUUUUCUUGUAAGAAUUCUUGUAUUGAAUCUAACAGUGUAUCUUUUGAAAUCAGGUGUAACUAUAUAAAUGUAUGAUACAAAAGUUUGUAUGUAUGCCAGAAUUUUUUUCUCGGACAAAUGUAUAAAAAAAAUACAUAAACGAUUUCAUCAUGUGCUGUGAAUUUGUAUUUUGAUUUUUUUUUAAUUUGUUAAAAUUAAACAAGUAAUAAAAUGACUCUCCUCUGUUGAAAAUAUAAAAAUUGACUUUAAUAAAUUCAUAUUAUAAUGUGCAUUUAAUUAAUGAUUCAUGUAGGGCAAACCUUAAUGCUACACACUACUCCCAGAUUGUGACAGUAAUGUUUACUUAACAUAUUGUUUCAAGUUGUUGUACUUACUAGCAUUUGUAUUCCUUUAAUAAAUAUCUAAGCAGCAUCUUGCUAUUUUAAUUUUGUUCAGUAAUACACAUUCACAUCUGGGUUUGUUUUAUUUUAUUCUAAUGUUAAACCUAGCUUUACAAAAUUACUUCCUGUUAAAAAUAUCAUUUUAGAGUUGUCACCCUUUAAUUAAACCAUUUGGGAACAAAAAAAACAUUAUAAUCCCAAGUUGUCAUACGUGUAUCAGCUCACAUAAACAUUCCUUUGGCCAAUUAAUUAUAUUUUUGAAGUUUACAUUAAAACCAAUAGAAAAUGUAGUCGUUUAAUUAUUGUAUUUACAAGUUUAUAUUCGAAAACCCAACAACUAUAUACAAAUAUAAUUUAUACACAUAAAAUGUAACACACUGGUGUGUUAUACCAUAGAUUAGUUCAAUAUCUACCUGCCUGGGCUAUAUAUUAUAUUAAAUGAGAAACAUUGAAUGAGUGAGGAAAAUGGUUGUUUAUACAUUUUUUUUUAAAUUGUAUACAUUCCAAUAACAACUAUUUUAUUACUCAAUAUAUUUAUUUUGUUUUAUGUAUCAUAAUUACAAUGGAAUAUUCAUUUGCUUAGCUUAAAAAAAAUCUAUUUAUAGUACCUGGGUCAUAUAUUUUCAGCAUGGCUGACUGAUCUCUAUUAUGUUGUGACAACAUGUAGAACAUUUAUUUUGUUAUACUUUACACAAUUUUCCUUUACAAGUUUUUCAUUUGCCUCUCAGAAAAAAAACUUAUGUAAUAUAUUGCCUAGUAUUUUUUUUACCUUACAUAAAAAUCUUUGAUAGAUUUUGGUUAAAGGCUUAGGUUAGUGAAAAUGAAAUUAUGAUUCUAAAUUGUUUCUUUUUGUUUCUGAUGUGUGUGUGUUGUUUUAAACUUGCCUUUUUUGUAUUGUAAAAUGUACUCAUCAGAGACAACUCUUCAUGAAAUUUUACCGUAAAAUAUUACAGUUUGAUACCCAUUCAUACACUUAUGAAUUUUUUUUCCUCAAAAGCUUUAGCUAAAAUUAAUAAAUCUUUUUUAAAAUAUUAUUUCUGAAAUACAUAGUUACUAAAGAGAAGCAGAUUUUAUAAUUAUCCGAACAUAUAAGUUCACUAAAGUUCAAUUAUUGCUUUACAUAAUUUUAAAUAAUAUUGUUACACAUGUAUAAAACUGAAAUUAAACAACCAAUAUAAAUUGUAACGUGUUGGUUGUUGUAUUAGCAACUCUUGGUUAUUUAGUGUCUCACCUAACUCACAGUAAACCUCUCUUCCAUGAAUGUAGUCAAUACUCUCAACUUAAAGGUUUAUCUGACUUUUAAACAUUGAUGUAAAAAAAAAUUAUUCAUUUCUAAAAUGUUGCUGUGCCUUUUUUUUCUGCAAGCAUCUUUUGAAUAUUAAAUGAAAAAUAUUUUCUUGGAGUUUUUCUAGAUAUGUUUCAUUUUAAAAUAUGUUGAUGGGGUUUUAUUUGGACUCAUUUUUAUCAGCAGCUCAAUUUGGAGAAAAGACUUUUAUGCAAAAAUGUAUAUUUGGUUUCUUGUAAACAACAGAUGUAAACAAGGUUCAGCUGUGUAUAUCUUUGGCCUGAGUUAAUUCUUUAAAAUUAUGUCAUGUCAGUAGACUGUCAUGCUGGCAGGAUGUCAUGUCAGCAGACUGUCAUGCUGGCAGGAUGUCAUGUCAGUGGACUGUCAUGCUAACAGGAUGUCAUGUCAGCAGACUGUCAUGCUGGCAGGAUGUCAUGUCAGCAGACUGUCAUGCUGGCAGGAUGUCAUGUCAGCAGACUGUCAUGCUGGCAGGAUGUCAUGUCAGUGGACUGUCAUGCUAACAGGAUGUCAUGUCAACAGACUGUCAUGCUGGCAGGAUGUCAUGUCAGUAGACUGUCAUGCUGGCAGGAUGUCAUGUCAGUAGACUGUCAUGCUGGCAGGAUGUCAUGUCAGUAGAGUGUCAUGCUGGCAGGAUGUCAGUAGACUGUCAUGCUGGCAGGAUGUCAUGUCAGUAGACUGUCAUGCUGGCAGGAUGUCAUGUCAGUAGAGUGUCAUGCUGGCAGGAUGUCAUGUCAGCAGACUGUCAUGCUGGCAGGAUGUCAUGUCAGAAGAAUGUCAUAAUUAUGUACUUGACUAUAAUUCAUUUUUUCUAUGUACAAGUUGUACAUUUAAAACCAUAACUGAGGUAGUGGUCUUCCAACUAGUACCACAAGUUUACUGUACAUAAAGAAAUCACAACAGCUUCAUUUGUGAGAUCCAGUACUACAGCUGCAAGGAUAAGAAGUUUUGAAGAAAUGUGGAUUAGCUUCUUUACAAAGAAAGGGACAACUUUAUUAAAUUAUCCAUGUCACCUUUAUUUAAUUAGCUACAUCUUGAUAACACAAUGGGCUAAAUUUUUGCCAUUUGAGUAUUGUGAAAUCUUUCUGAUAUGGCCAAAUAUGGCUGGUGAAAUAGAGAUUAUCCACAUAAGAUAGCAACCCUCGACCUACUUAUUUAUUUAGUGUUUUUUAUGCCACAAUACAAGACAUUCAAUUUUUUCCCCACAGUGGGCUGUAUACCAACGUCCUGCCUUAUCAAAUCUCUGAAGAUUAGAUUUGUGUGCCUGAACUCUAUCUACCCAUCUGCUCACACUAGUUUCGUGUUUUUUAACCUGCUCAUGGGAAUUAUUUGAUUAAAUUAAUAAUUUAUAAAAAAAAUAAAUGGGGUCAAAAUAAUUUAAUUUGAUACAAUUUUAGGAUUUGUGAUAAUUUAUUAAUUUGAAACAAGAAAAUUAAUUCAUUAUUUAAGAAAGGUAUAUUCUAAUAAUGUGUGUUUUUCUACUGUAUUUUUUCUGAAAAACAACAUACAUUGAAUAAUUGAUACAGGUCUACAUAUGAUGUUAACUUAAAGAAGAAGUUAAAACAGGGCUAUUACUAUUAGAUUUUUAAAGAGAUAGAAUCAAUGUCUUUGAAAUAUUAAAACAUACUUAUUCUAAAAUUGCCGAUACUUAGGUGAUAAAUGUCACUGGGAAGGCUGUAUUUUCAUAUUUUUUAAAAUAUAUAUUCUCUGCUUAAGUAGAUUUGUAAGGUAAAGAUAAUAUGCUUACAGGGUCUAUCCUGGGGAAUUAAGAUACUGCUUUAGACUACUGUAUACAAUUUUAUUUUAUUUAGAGAAGUUGAUGUUUUGAUCGAUCAGGUUUUGUUAAAUUUUAAAAAAAUGUAUUCUUCAUGUCAUGUGUAAAAAAAACAAAAAGUUAAAAUCUGAAGAGUGAUGUCCCUGCAUGUAUGUUUAGUUUUGUAGUCAUCACUGGAAAUGUACCAUAGGUGUCUGGGAACUGUCUGCAUCUUCGUUGGUUUCUUUCUGUGUUUUUUGCAAUAAAAAUACAUGCCUAAAUAUUAUAAUUAAUUACUAUGGAUACCACAAUAUAAUUUUUUUU